AUGGGGCUGCCUCGGAGGGCGGGGGACCCGGCGGAGCUGCGCAAGAGCCUGAAGCCGCUGCUGGAGAAGCGCCGCCGCGCGCGCAUCAACGCGAGCCUGAGGCAACUCAAGGGGCUCAUCCUGCCGCUGCUGGGCAGGGAGAGCUCCCACUGCUCGAAGCUGGAGAAGGCGGACAUCCUGGAAAUGACCGUGCGCUUCCUGCAGGAGCUGCCCGCGUCCUCCGGCCCCGAGGCAGCGCCCGCGCCCUCAGACAGCUACGGUGAGGGCUACCGCGCCUGCCUGGCGCGUCUGGCCCGUGUGCUGCCCGCCUGCCGCGUCCUGGAGCCCGCCGUGAGCGCUCGCCUGCUGGAGCACCUGCGGCGGAGGGCGGCCGGCACCACCCCCGACGGGGGGCGCGCUGGGGACUCCUGCGGCCCUCCCGCGCCUUCCCCGCCGGCCGCGCCUGCGCCCGCGCCUCCUGAACCUCCCCGCGGCCUCUGGAGGCCCUGGUAGCCCCCUAGCCAGUCCACGGACCCUGCUGGCUGCAAGAGACCUGGGGCGCUGGGCAGACAGAGGAAACCCGUGGUGCCAGCUGCUGUUCCCGUCACGAGGUAGCAGCCCAGCAUCCACAGACCGGAACCUGGAUGUUCGUGAUCUGUGUGGCGACUGAAGGCCGUGCGGGCUCAGCUUAAGGCAAUCAGUGGAGCAGCCCAGCCUCACCACAACUUGGGUGCGUCUAGGUGGAGGCGAAGGGGGCAGGUGGCUGCAGAGGGAGGAAGGAGCCCCCCCACUGCAGCGACUGGAGGUGGGCCCUGGUACCGGGCCAGCCAUGCUUGGGCAGCUGGCACCAGCCCAAAGACUGGGCCAGGAACUCACGUCUAUUCUGACUGGUCACUGCCCUCCCAGUUGGGCCUGGCUCCUUAACAGCUCAGCUUUGGAACCUCUGGACACACAAUAGCAAUGGCCUGAGGGGCUCUACAGGCUGGGCAGCCAUCACCUCUGCUCCUGGGCUCUCCUGUCCCAUGCUUUCAGUUAUAGGGACUGGGUGCAGCCAAGGCUCUGUGUUGCUGGGGUUGGGGGCAUUGUAACAGGGCC